AUGCGAAACACUCCUACCACAUGCGGCCGCGGAAUUAAGCUCAAGCAGUUCGAUGUGGGCGAUCAUAGAAGGCCUUCUUCUUCCCUGUCAGAAACAGGGCAGCACCAUGUUUCAGGUGAAGGAGAAGACUCCGUCAGCAGUCCAGAACCACGACUGGAUGACAAAGAAGGAGGAGGAAGGAGCCGCAGACGCACCAAACGCAUCAGGACCUGCUUUCGCCGUGAGCAGCUGCGAGCGCUCGAGUCCUACUUUGCUCAGAAACACAAUCCUGAUGGUAAAGACUGGACUUGUCUGGCACACAAGACUGGUCUUCCAAAGAGAGUCCUGCAGGUGUGGUUUCAAAACGCUCGAGCCAAACUCAGACGUUCCCUCAACUCGGAGUAUCCUCAGGUCCACUCGCCUGCCACGCCCUUCCCAACUGUUGCCGUAGCAACCAGCUCCUCUCCACCGGCCUGCGCCAUGUCUGACCACACCCAGCCCUUCCCCACCAGCACCAUCGACCACCUGCAGCUGUCCCUGCUUACCGCUCCAGUCAACGAGAGAUCAGAGGUUGUUAAUCCGUCAGCACAUCAGCUGCUCCAAAGCUCCAACUCCAUGGACUACAAUUCCCAGAGUGCACCAGGAUGUUCUUCUCUUGAUCUCCAGGGGAACUUUGAAUUGGAAAUAGAUAGGAGUGAUAGUUCAGAUGCUUUUAGACUUCAUUACUGUUGAAAUUAAAGCAGAAACUAAUGAAAUUAAUGAUUAAAGACCCACUCCGAUCAUGUUUUGAGCUAUUUUGAAAACAUUCCCAGUGGUCUUUUAAUCAAAUUAUGCCAUAAUUAGCCAAAAAUCAAAAAUCCCUGUCGGAUUCUAGGACAUAGUUUCUGCAAACCGACAGUAGCUCAUCAGAAAUUUAUUCGAGUUGUGUCACUAAGCUAGAAAUAAACUUAUUUUCAAAUGGCAUUUUUUACGUCUGCUCCUGAUUCACCAUAAUUUAAAAAAAGAAAUACUCAAAAAUCCUAUUUUAAACAUAAAUUUCUUAAUUUAUGUCCUUCAUCAUCAGAAAAAUUCCACGAGAAUAUGUUAAAAACACCAAAAACUAAAUUAUCCUCAGAGUGGGUCUUUAAAAAUCUAAAUUAAACAUUUCCUGCAUACAAAUUUGUUUAGCUCUUAGUAAGAAAGGGUAGUUAAUUGUAAAAAAACAGCAAAAAAAA